AUGUCGUCCGCCAACGCCAAGUCCGUUCUCUUCCUCGGAGCCACAGGAGGGUGUGGCCUGUCGGCUCUGCGCCGGUCUCUGGAUGCCGGCUUCACGUGCAUCGCCCUGUGCCGCACCCCGUCCAAGCUGACCUCCGUUCUGCCGUCCGAGAAGUAUCCCAAUCUGCGCGUCGAGCAGGGCAACGCCCACGAAGCUGCCGAGGUCGCCCGCCAUGUCGUUUCGCCUCUUGACCCAACCCGCUUCGUCGACGCCGUCGUCUCCUCCAUCGGCGCCUGGUUCGACAUGCGGAAGAUGAACCUCGAAGACGUUCACGUAUGCGAAAAGGGCAUGGCCGUCUUGCUCGAUGUCAUCAAGAACCUGCGCACCGAGAAGGGCGUCUCUGGAAGCCCACGCAUUAUUGGACUCAGCAGUACGGGCAUCUCCAAGUUUGGGAGGGACACGCCUCUUCUUGUUGCGCCGCUCUACAAGGGCCUGUUGCACACACCUCAUGAAGACAAGCGCGCCAUGGAGGAGCUGCUGUUCGCAAGCAACGAGGCCUGGUCUGUCAUUCGCGCCAGCUUCCUCACCAACGGCAAAGAGCAGCCGUCUGGUGCCGUCCGGGUUGGUAUCGAGGACCCUGUUGAGGGCGUGGAAGAGCUUGCUAUUGGGUAUUCCAUUGCUCGUGAGGAUGUUGGCAAGUGGAUCUUUGAGAACAUUCUUCAAAAAGAUGGCAAGGAUGGAUUCGUUCGCAAAGUAGUGACUGUCACUUACUGA